CCGCCAUUUCUGUGGGGAGUUGGAGGGUCUGUAGCGUGGCUGUGAUUAAAAAGAUAUCACGUAUUUAUCUUUGUAAAUAACUGGAUAAGGUUGUUUCUAUUCAGGAAUAUUCUUCACAGGUCGGGGAAAGGAAGCGAGAAUAGCAGGUAGCAGGAUGGCCACACCAGGCCAGGAGCACCUGGCGGCCGAAGUCGGACUGGAGCCUCUGCAGUUGAGACAGCCAUUCGACCCGGCGGCCCAUGAUCUUGAUCCAUCCUUCCGGCUCACUAAGUUUGCCGACCUGAAAGGAUGAGGGUGUAAGGUCCCCCAAGAAGUUCUGCUCAAACUCUUGGAGGGACUCGAUCAGAAUGGUGGCAACGGGCCGGAAGGUGACCAGUAUCUGGGCAUGCCGGCACCGAUGUCUAGCGUCAUCGGGAUCGGUAUGGACUCCUCGGUGGUGCCGUUAAGACAUGGAGGAUUGUUCCUAGUGCAAACAACAGAUUUCUUCUACCCACUGGUGGAGGAUCCAUACAUGAUGGGGCGCAUCACGUGCGCGAACGUACUUAGCGAUAUGUAUGCGAUGGGAGUGACAGAGUGUGACAACAUGCUCAUGCUACUAGGAGUGAGUCAGAAGAUGUCCGAAAAGGAACGUGACAUCAUCAUUCCCCUCAUUAUUCGCGGCUUCAAGGACUGUGCUGAGGAGAAUGGUUCACGGGUGACUGGCGGUCAGACAGUAGUAAAUCCAUGGCUGACCAUUGGAGGUGUGGCCACCAGUGUGUGUCAGCAGUAUGAGAUGAUUAUGCCGGACAAUGCUGUCGUGGGAGACGUGCUUGUGCUGACGAAGCCCCUGGGCACCCAGGUGGCUGUCAACGCACAUCACUGGCUGGAGCAGCCGGAGCGGUGGAAUCGCAUCAAGCUUGUCGUAUCCGAGGAUGACGUCAACAAGGCCUAUCACCGGGCAAUGGACAGCAUGGCUCGCAGCAACCGCAACUCUGCGAGACUCAUGCACAAGUACAAUGCACAUGGUUCCACCGACAUCACAGGCUUUGGCAUACUGGGUCAUGCCAAGAACCUUGCCCGUCAUCAGAAGAAUGAGAUCUCCUUCGUUAUCCAUAAUCUGCCCUGCAUUGCUAAGAUGUCAGCUGUUGCAAAGGCAUGUGGCAACCUGUUCGGUCUGCUGCAGGGUAUCUCCGCGGAAACAUCAGGUGGAUUGUUAAUUGCAUUGCCACGUGAACAGGCAGCGGCCUACUGCAAAGAGAUCGAGAAGUUGGAAGGUCGUCAGGCUUGGAUUAUAGGCAUAGUGGAAAAGGGCAGUCGGACAGCACGCAUAAUCGACAAGCCACGUAUCAUCGAGGUUCCCGCAAAGGACAAAGAGGGAGAGCUGUGGUAAAUGAUGUUACCGGGGCUGGGUGCAGUCGAAAUCGUCGACUAAUAACAGGGAAAUCUGCCCUGGCUGACAUUCCCUCCAUUUGGAGAGAAGUGUAAUUUGCAUCUCUCCACUUGUUCUAGUGUAUCGCCUGUGUAGCACCGCAUCUCAUUUUAUUUGUUCAUGGUUUGUGUUCUGAUACAAAAUCACGGCUGGUGAACGUUUUGUUAUUUCAGUCUGUAGCAGAGCAGUGGAAUGCAAUAAUGUUAUACACUCCUAAUUUAGCUUGAUGGGACGGCUGCAUGACGGUAGCUUUGAUUAUGCAGAAUAAACGUGUGCGUGUGUCAGUAUAUUCGUGCACAAAUUUUAGCGUUGAAAGCUAUCAAUGUUAGUGGCAAAAUUGAAUGCAAGGUAGAUAGGUGUUACGUUGUAAGCACAGUUCUAACUGUCGGUGGAACUGUCGGACUGUCAUACCAUGGUGUCAGUUCCAUCGGUCAGAGAAUAGGCCAUCCUUGUUAUUAAGAAUAGUCUCUACGUUUGUAUCACGUACCUCGGCACUUGCUGAUUGUGGGAUUUUGAGUGCCACUACGUCAGUGAAGUGAUUCUCUCUGCAGUCACUUGACCUUGUCCUCAUUUCCUUACUACCAUAUUUUCGUCGCAUAUUGUAUCAAUAUGAUCAUCGUUGGCACAGGCGAUGUAUUAGACAUUCGGCUGUAUAAUACAGUCUUUACUUACACUAUUAUAGUCUUUACAAUAGUAAGUAAAGAUUGAGUGACACUGCAGUGAUUUUGACAAAUUAUAAUCUUGCAGCAAUUGCUGUGAAACAAUUUGAGGAUGACAUUAUUCGGCAAAAAAUGCAAAAAAAAGGAGACAGCGUAGAGGUUUUCUGAUAUCCCAGUGUCUCACGCAGCGUGUGGGAAAUGGGGCGGGAGCAGACGCCCUUAGACCCUUCCAUGCGUGGCUCACUUGGGAUUGGACAACGUCGACUAUGCCUCUUGUGCCUGCGUGUGACGUCCCUCUGCCAAAUUGGAUUGUUCCUCUGUGGGGGGACAGAGAAACUAGGCAAGGGGGCAAGGCGGCCAUGCCCAAGGAUCACUAUUCCAAGUUACUCUGUGUUAUGUAUGGAUAUUACAUCUUGUACGUCCACUGUCAAAACAUAUUCACCGGUGCAGUAGGGCCCUGAUGCUAAUCAUUAUGUAAGUGUAUAAAGUGUCUAGUGUUGACACGCAAUUGCACAAAAAUUUUUGAUCAAUAAAUAUGUUUUCCAUACAUAAAUA